AUGACACUUAAAAUUCUUUAUCCUCUUCAAGUAAUUAUCUCAUUAGCGAUAAUUAUUCUUCUUAGCGCUUGGGUUACUACCACUGAAUCGUACGUUCAUGAUUAUGAUGGAAAAUCUAAUCCAAUUCAUUUACCUGGAGAUCUUUAUACGAAUUUCGUGCUUGGAUCCAUAUCUAUUAUUACAGCUAUUUCUUUAACCAUACCAAACAUAACUCGUAGAUUUGGAUAUAGUAUUUUUGCAUUAUCUAUGGAUAUUAUGUUAGCACUUUCUUGGUUAAUCGUUGCUAUAUAUACAACCGCCAGAGCAACUAAUGGAUCAUUUAUAGAUUCAAAUGUUAUAAUGAAAAUAAAUUUUGGUUCUAAUUUUGAAGGAAAAGGUGGUGAAUGGAUUAACAAACGUGCAGUUGCUACUAAAUUAGGAUGUUCUAUAUUGGCAUUGGAAUGGAUAACUUUUAUUACUUGGACAAUUUUGAGUAUUAUAUUAUUUCGUGUUCGUUCACGUAGAUGGGCAAAUAAAAAUUCAGAACAAAAUAAACGAAUUACAAUAUGUAGCAGUUAUAACGAUUCAUUCGAUGAAGAUGAUGCUAAAAUGUUAACAACCCCUAAAAUUAAACAAAAGAUUGAUGAUCUUCUUAAAAAUCCUGAAUCGACAAAACAAUCAAAUCGAGUUUCCACUAUUAUGAAUAGUAACAACAGCGAAAAGAAACCGAUAGUAGAGAUGAAUUCAAAUAUUAAUAGUUCUACCACAAAAACCUAUUCACUUACCAAUAGUAGUACUUUUUCUCCUGAUUACUACACUAUUGCUCUUAAUGAUAUUAAUGAGGAAAAGAUACAAUAA